AUGAUGAAAGAUCAGUCAAGUAAAAAAAAAAGACUACCAAAUUUCUCGAAUUUAGAAAAAAUCAGAUUGAUAGAAUUAGUAGAGCGUGAAAAGAACAUCAUAGAAAACAAAAAGACAGACAAUGUUAGUGUGAAUGAUAAAGACGCCUGCUGGAAAAAUAUUACAAAUGAAUUUAAUAGUAAUUCUAUAUCAGGACAUCGGGAUGUCGCGUGUUUAAAAAGUUGUUGGGACAACUUGAAGAAGAAAACUCGAAAAUAUUACGCUGACAUACGUAAUGAAGUUUUUAAAACAGGCGGUGGAAAGAUCAAUAUCAUUGAUGAUCCAAUUGCUGAAAAAGUAAAAAGUAUUAUUCAGCCAUCAGUUGAGGGUCUACAAAAUAAUUUUGAUAGUGAUUAUAUGCCCGGUAUGCUAUAA